AUGGUAGCCGAAAACCGGAUCGAAACGCUGGCCUCAUACGGAGUAAAUUGGGAACGGUACCGAUUGGGACCGAUUGUGGCCAAAUCCAUUGAGCAAUCGUUGAUGGAGGAAUUCCAAGUACCAAUCGUCGUUUGGGGACUGAGACGUAAUAUCAGUAUUCGCCAUUUGCUGGGCUACAAAACUUUGAUCUGUGUUAGCAUAUCCAGUGUGGUGCCCGACGUGGAUCCCAUUUUUGAUGUCCUAAACGAUGGCUUGGUGGGCUUGCACUAUGUUCCAAUGCUCUUUAUCUACAAACCUUUGCGAAUGAUGGCGCCAACGAGGAAUAUGUUACAUGUAUUUUUUGCCUGGUGCUGGCAGCACAGGUUCACCAAUGUGUUUCUAACAUUUUAUCUACGUUCGCUUGAUAAUAGUUCUUGGAAAUUCAGCAAAGGUGGGCGCAAUGAAAUCUAUAGCUACACACCAUUUCCCAAUCUCACUAUUCGGAAUAUAACUGAGACGGGAUACCAGCCCGUGGACAUAAUGAUGAAUCUAACGGGCUAUGAGUUUAGAGUGCCUGUAUUUCAGGAUCCCCCCACGGUCUUUCAGCUCCCAAACGGCGAUCUAUCCGGUUCCCUGGGCCUCAUGUUUUCCGCUUACGUGCACCACAGAAUGGGGGUUCUCCGCCCGGAGCCCAACGCCCAUGUAAAUAGGUACAGCUACCAGGAGCACCUGAUGCUGGCCGCUGCCCGCGGCGAAAUCGAGAUGGGCGUGCACCCGUACUCCUCGAUGCAGCUCAACUCCUCACUGACGGACGGUAGUUUCCCUCUGGGUAUGACCAACACCUGUGUUUUAGUGCCCUGGCAGCGGGAAUCGCCUCAGGUCCGGUUCAUGCAGGUGGCCGCCCAAAUAAAUGGUCCCUGUUUCCUGAUACUCCUUGUGGCGAUGACCCUAUCCUGGCAGCUGGUCCAUGGACGAUGGCGACGAGGCGUUCAUCUCACUUUGGUGACCUUCUUUCAGCAAUCGGUGCCGAACAGAGAGUUUCAUCACUUGGCCGAGCCAUACAAGAUCAUCCAUGUUGCCUUGCUCCUCGGCUCUUUAGUUCUAUGGACAAUGCGCGCGGGGUAUUUGUCAUCGGUGUUUACCUCACAGGUUCCUGGGUGGCAGAUUAAUACCGCCAAAGACUUUCUGGCCACGCCAUUACAGCUCAUGUUGACGGAAACGGAAGUGGAAAUGUAUUUUACCGCAGGACUCCUGCCUUCGGCACUAAUGCCCCGCCUCCUCGUGGUCAACAAGACGACGCUGAUGGAGCACUUGGACAGCUUGAAUAGCAGCUACGCCUACUGCACCACCGCGGAGCACUGGAGUGUGGUUAUGUUGCAGCAACGCCGCAUGUACCGCCCACCAUUUCGACUGGCCUCGAACCUCUGUACCACCCCUCGAUUUCUGCGAUUUCCCGUGCAGCGGAAUUCGCCCUUCCAGCAGAACUUCAACCGCUUUGGCAUCCAUUCGCUGCAAUUUGGCUUCUGGGCCCACUGGACGAGGAAAAGUCUGCUGGAGGCGAUCCAACUACGUCUCGUCGUCGAACUCACUGAUGACUAUGUGCCCUUCCAGAGCUUGACACUCGCGGAUUUCCAAGAACGCAAGAUAAAGUUGAGGUUCUAA